AUGCAGACAGAGAAGCACCUCACGGGAACAUUGAUCCUCUCUGUCUUCACUGCAGUACUGGGUUUCUUCCAGUAUGGCUACAGCCUGGGGGUCAUUAACGCCCCCCAGAAGGUGAUAGAAGCGCACUAUGGGCACGUGCUGGGCAUUGCUGGCACAGAGGGCACACUCCCACCCCUGACUGACCCUGCUACCCCCCCACACAUCCUCACCAUGUACUGGUCCCUGUCUGUGUCCGUGUUCGCCAUCGGUGGCAUGGUCUCCUCCUUCACCGUGGGCUGGAUCGGUGACCGGCUCGGGAGGGUGAAGGCCAUGUUGGUGGUGAAUGUCCUCUCCAUUGCUGGGAACCUCCUCAUGGGGCUGGCGAAAUUUGGGCCAUCCCACAUCCUCAUAAUCUCCGGGAGAGCGGUCACAGGGCUCUACUGUGGGCUCUCCUCUGGACUCGUGCCCAUGUAUGUCAGUGAGGUCUCUCCCACGGCCCUCCGAGGAGCGCUGGGGACGCUGCACCAGCUCGCCAUCGUCACGGGUAUCCUCUUCAGCCAGGUCCUUGGACUAGAUUUUCUUCUGGGCAAUGAUGAGAUGUGGCCCCUGCUCCUUGGUCUGUCUGGUGUGGCUGCCCUGCUGCAAUUCUUCCUGCUCUUACUGUGCCCUGAGAGCCCCCGAUACCUUUACAUCAAACUGGGGAAGGUGGAGGAAGCUAAAAAAAAUUUGAAAAGACUUAGAGGAAACUGUGAUCCAAUGAAAGAGAUUGAAGAGAUGGAAAAGGAAAAGCAAGAAGCUGCUAGUGAAAAGAAAGUCUCCAUAAGACAGCUUUUCACCUCUUCCAAGUACAGGCAGGCUGUCAUUGUGGCGCUGAUGGUGCAAAUAUCCCAGCAGUUCUCAGGAAUCAAUGCGAUCUUUUACUACUCCACAAACAUUUUCGAGAGAGCUGGGGUUGACCAACCAGUUUAUGCAACCAUCGGUGUUGGAGUGGUGAACACGGUCUUCACUGUUAUCUCUGUCUUUCUGGUGGAGAAGGCGGGCAGGCGGUCCCUGUUCCUGGCAGGUUUGAUGGGCAUGUUAGUCAGCGCCGUGGCCAUGACAGUUGGGCUUGUGCUUCUGAGCCAGUUUGCCUGGAUGAGCUAUGUCAGCAUGGUUGCAAUCUUCCUCUUCGUUAUCUUCUUCGAAGUGGGGCCUGGGCCCAUCCCCUGGUUUAUCGUAGCCGAACUGUUCAGCCAGGGCCCGCGUCCUGCCGCCAUCGCUGUCGCCGGCUUCUGCAACUGGGCCUGCAACUUCAUCGUGGGAAUGUGUUUCCAGUACAUAGCGGAUCUGUGUGGACCAUACGUGUUUGCAAUCUUCGCGGGUCUGCUCCUCAUCUUCUUCCUGUUUGCGUACUUCAAAGUACCAGAGACGAAAGGAAAGUCCUUUGAGGAGAUUGCAGCUGUGUUCCGUCGCAAGAAGCUCUCGGCCAAAGCCAUGACUGAGCUGCAAGACUUGCGACGCAGUGAGGAGGCAUAG